AGCUGCCCACGUAGUGACGUGUUUCCGGUGUCAUGGCGGCUCCCUGAAGAAGCCGCGUGUUUAGCUGCUGAUGCUGCCGUUCUCCAGCUCUGUUUCCUUUUUGUUUGUUUCAGUGAAGACUUUUUAAUCGUUAAAAGAUGGCCGAGGUUGUCCAGGAGAAAAGUCGCGGCUUGAAGUUUGCAGAGAAGCAGCUCCUGCGUCACGGCUGGGAGCACGGGAAAGGACUGGGGCGAGCUGAGAACGGCAUCGCAGAGGCCAUCAAGGUCAAAGUGAAAUGUGACAAAGGAGGAGUCGGCCAUAAGGAAGGAGAGCAGUUCACCUUCCACUGGUGGGAUCAUGUCUUCAACAAGGCCUCCUCCAGUCUGCAGGUGGAGUCUGAUCAGAACGGUAUUAAGCUGAAGAAGACGGCGGAGGAGGAGGAGGACGGCGUGAUAUCCAAUAAAAGGCCACGGAUGGCCUCGCUGGCUAAAGCCAAACUUUACGGAUGCUUCGUCAAGUCGGCCACACUCCUCUCUGGUCAGGAGCAGCCGGAGCCGAAGUCCUCCUCAGACAACAGCAGCAGCUCUGAGGACGAGGAGGAGGAGAAGGACCAGGACCAGGACCAGGACCAGAGGCUGGAUCUGUCCAGCACCACCAAACUCUCUGACGCUGAUCUCAUGAAGGUUUGUGGAGGACGCACGGCUCACAAAGGAGCCAGGCACGGUUUGACCAUGAGCGCCAAGUUAGCCAGACUGGAGCAGCAGGAGGCCGAGUUCAUGGCCAAGUACGGCAAGAAGAGCCAAUCAGGAAACACCUCAGCAGCUCCAGCCACCUCCCAGUCAGAGACGAAGAAGAAGAGGACCACAGAUGAGCUGGAGCCUGAUGAAGAGGAUGUUAAACCCAAAAAGAAGAAGAAGAAAAGGAAAGCGGAGGAAGUCGAGGAGAAGACUGAAGUAGAAAACUGUGUAAACGUUGAUCAGAAGAAGAAACACAAGAAGAAGAAGAAGCAGGAGGAGGAUGAAGGAACAGGUUCACCUGCUGCAGAGGAGGAGGAACCAGCCGACGCUACGGUAAUAAAGAAGAAGAAGAAGAAGAAAUCGUCCAAACACCACGGCGACGCUGCAGAAGAAGAGGAGAGCAAUGAUAGAGAAUCAGAUGAGGCACAGCUGGAGGAAAUCACAGAGACCACGGUGAAGCAGAAAAGGAAAAAAUGUAAAAAGGACAAAACGUCCGUAGACGAAGACGAGGAGACACUUCCUCCAAAGAAGAAGAAGAAAAAGAAGUCGAAAGACUAGUGGGAGUUUAGAGACAAACACUGACUCUGAUCAGAGAAUCUUCCUGUUAAAGACUUUAAGGUUGAAGCUGAAUCAGAAACUAAACGUCCACGAGAUGUUUUAUCUGCAGCUGAUUCAUCCACAGGGGUUUAUUUUGUCAACUUUGUAUGAACUAUUCAACCUGGACCUCUACAUCAAACAGUCCUCCAACAUAAUCAACCCUGGGAGCCAGGAAGUUGUUCUGGGCCAAUCAGGUCGUGUGGGCGGGGCUUAAUGACGCUAAAUGGUGCGGUCACAACUUAUAAAGGGAACCGUGGUUUCAGCGUGUGGCUGUGAUUGGUUGGAGGACGCUCCAGUUGUGUGUAGUGGUAUGUUUUAUCUCUGAAUAGGUUAAAACGCCCCUUCAUGAAAUCUAAAUGUCACCAGACUCUGAUUCUGAUGAGAAUUUGUCCCAUCACCUCAUAAAUGAUCAGAUCUUUGUAAGAGUAGAAUCAGUUCCUAACGGAGACACAACUUUACCACCACACAGUAACUGAUUCACUGACGCUGUCCCCCAGGCUUUGAACCAUGAGUUUUAAUAGGAACAUCAUAUGCUCUUUUUUUUUUUUGUAAUUACAGAAAACAGACGUAUUCAGAUUAAACCGACUUUUAUCUGCAAAUAAAAUGCGACUCUUUA